AUGAUGCUGCUCAUCCUAAUCGCGUGCCUCACUAUUGCCACAGCCGAUACUAAUACUACCAAAGAUGCCACAACUGAACACCCAACUAACACCACCAAAGAAAUUCUGAAAGCAAGCGAAACAGGUGACCCGUCAAAAGUAGAAAUUGUCAAACAGAUAAGGAGACUUAAUGACGAUGGAUCUUACACUAUCGGCUAUGAAGCUGAUGACGGAACAUUCAAAAUUGAAAGUAGGGAUGUUCUGGGUAACGUGAAAGGAACCUUUGGGUAUAUCGAUCAAGAUGGUGAGAUUAAACGAGUGACCUAUUCAUCAUCGAGUGACAGCACGCCGGUGCCGGUGACAACCACUACAACUACUCCUACCCCCAUGAUGGUAGUGAGGAUGAAUAAAACAGUGUCAUCGACAACUAGGAGGCCUCUACCAACUGUUGUGUAUCCCACUAGAAGCGGAUUUACUACAAGAGGUACAGUGGUACAAAACAUUCCUAGGAGAAGAUUAUAUCCAAGUUCACCGAGACCAGGUGCCAAUAUUGUAGAAACUACGACCGAAAAACAAAAAGCUGAAGAAACAACUAGCAAUAUUCUCAAUUUGUACAAGCCUAAAUCGGAAGAAAGUGUGAAAUCUAGGACUCAAGUUUUGAAACCAAUGACUACGGCGGGUGAUGAUUUGAUAACAAAACAAACAACUACGAAGUUACCUUCAACUGUGAAGCCUGUUUAUGAACAUGUCACUGAAAAAGGACCUGAACACGAUCCGAAUAAAGCUAAUACGAUUCGACGAGAAUUAUCUGGAACCAGUCCUAAUCCACGCAUGAUUAGCUUGCAGCAGUCUGUUGGAGAUGAUUCCACUGAUGUAUACGGAAGCCAUUUAUCCCUUGGGACUGUACGACCUCUAUUCACCACCACAACACCACGUGCAAGACUCGUGCCAAUACACUCCCUAGUCGCAGCAAGACAAAAAAUUCAACAGCAGUUUCAACAAGCAUCGAGUCAGGAUCAAGAAACGACUAUCGAAGCUAGCACGGGCCGUGUUUUUGAUCACGCAAAUGUGACCUCAAAUCCAGUGCCAGUAGUUCAUAUUCCACCAGAGAGAGAUACCGAUGAAAGCAUUUAUCAGCAAGCUAUUUACAGAAGGCCCCCAGCUGCCGUUCAUUUCCGAACUAAUGAGUAUUUAAAAGACAACCCUGGGUCACCAGUUCCUAUAGGUAACCAGCGGCCCUUUCUCUACGAGUAUCAGAACAAAAUAUUGGAGCCACAAUUCAUAAGGGAAACGACAGUCGCCCCUCAAACGAAGGCAACGACUCCUGAAGUCGCGACAGUGUUACGUCAUACAGAAGCACCCUAUGAAGUUAGGCCAGUGACUCGUAUAAUUCCUAUACCAGUUGACGAAAGGGGUGUGCCAAUACAGGGGUAUCAAGCAAGAUAUGUCAACCCAUACCGCCCACAACCUCAAGUGCAUUUCCAACCACGAUACGAGCCCAUAGACGAAAUGAACUCCAUAUCAGCUCCCGUAAGUACCAGGGACUUGAAACGCUUGCUCCAAAUUCUGAUAUUGAGGCAGAAUCGACUGCAAGCCCUGAUGGAUCAAAUCGUCGCGCCGGGCCCUCCAUACCAACCUCUAUUAUUCAGACAAGAGCCACAGUAUUACAACAGAUAUGACAAUAUGGGCCGGCAGUAUCCUGAAGAUGACCGAUAUGACUACAGGUAUGAUCAGAAUCAGUACAGGCAGCAAGAAGUUUAUACAAAUCAGGUUCAGAAUUACGACAACCCUCAAUAUGAAAGUCAGCGUUAUGUGCCUCGGAGACGCGUGUACAAUCGUCCUUAUGAUAACACAGGCUCUUCAUCAAACCGCGUUGAGGAAACUCCUGAAUUUCUUCCUCCAGAGAUAAGAGAAGCUCUUCUAUUGAAGAUGUUGAUGUUGGCUAUUAGUCCAGACUUCAUGCCGACUCCAGCACCCCCUACAGAGUUAACCACAGCGGCUCCAACAAGGAAACAGGUGAGGAAUGUCCAAAUUCUGGGAGAGGAAGGCUCUAUGGACGAAGCCAAGACGACGAUGCAGAGGCAAUAG